CACGGAACCACGUGACAUGACCUGGCUCACAUGAUCGUACUAUUUAUCGUGUAAAUAUGGCUUCUCACUUGUCUUAUGGUCGAGUCAAUCUCAAUAUUCUGAGGGAAGCUGCAAGGAAGGAGCUUCGCGAAUUUCUGGACAAAUGCGCAGGAAGCAAGGCCAUUGUAUGGGACGAGUACCUUACCGGACCGUUUGGAUUAAUAGCUCAGUAUUCAUUGUUGAAGGAACAUGAAGUGGAAAAGAUGUUUACACUCAAAGCGGGGCGCGUGCCACCAGCUGACGUCAAAAACAUCAUCUUCUUUGUCCGUCCAAGGCUGGAGUUGAUGGACAUUAUUGCAGAGAAUGUAAUGAGUGAGGACAAGUUACAGCCACAGCGCGAGUUCCACAUACUGUUCGUCCCUCGGCGCAGUCUGCUGUGUGAGCAGCGCCUAAAGGAGCAAGGCGUCCUCAAUGCCUUCACUAACAUUGACGAGUACAUUCUGGACCUCAUCCCUUACGACGGAGACCUGCUGUCCAUGGAGUCUGAAAGUGCGUUCAGGGAAUGUUAUCUUGAGAAUGAUCAGACGAGCCUGUAUCACACCGCUAAGGGUUUGAUGACUCUGCAGGCACUGUAUGGAACUAUCCCGCAGAUCUUUGGCAAAGGAGAAUGUGCAAGGCAUGUAGCGAACAUGAUGCUGAGGAUGAAGAGGGAGUUUGCUGGCACUCAGAAUCAAAUCCUGCCUGUGUUCGAUACGCUCUUGUUAUUGGACCGAAACGUGGACCUGCUCACACCACUAGCCACACAGCUCACCUACGAAGGUCUCAUCGAUGAGAUCUAUGGCAUCACUAACGGUUAUGUGAAGCUCCCCCCUGAGAAAUUUGCCCAGAAGAAGGCAGGUGAAGGAGGUAAAGAUCUGCCCACCGAGCCCAAGAAGUUACAGCUCAACUCUGCAGAGGAGCUCUACGCUGAAAUCCGUGACAAGAACUUCAACGCUGUGGGCGCAGCACUUAGCAAGAAAGCCAAGAUCAUCUCUGCCGCAUUUGAAGAGCGCCACAACGCCAAGACAGUCGGAGAGAUUAAACAGUUUGUAUCUCAGCUGCCUCACAUGCAGGCUGCUCGCACCUCACUGGCCAAUCACACGUCCAUUGCUGAGCUCAUCAAAGACAUCACCACCUCAGAAGUUUUUUUUGAUAACUUGACAGUGGAACAAGAGUUUAUGACCGGAGUGGAUACAGACAAGAUUAAUACUUACAUAGAGGACAGCAUAGCACAGAAGGACCCGCUUAUCAAGAUCCUCCGGCUGGUCUGCAUGCAGUCCAUCUGCAAUAAUGGCCUGAAACAGAAAGUCCUUGAUUUUUACAAGAGAGAAAUCCUCCAGACGUACGGAUACGAGCACAUUCUGACCCUCAACAACUUGGAGAAGGUCGGAUUGCUCAAGCCUCAGAUCACCACGAGGAACAACUAUCCCACCAUCAGAAAAACACUCAAGCUUUGGAUGGAGGAUGCAAACGAACAGAACCCCAACGACAUCUCCUACGUGUACAGCGGUUACGCUCCUCUCAGCGUGAGGCUGACUCAGGUUCUGGCUCGGCCGGGCUGGAGAAGCAUUGAGGAGGUGCUGAAAAUGCUGCCUGGGCCACACUUUGAGGAGAGACAGCAGCUUCCCCCUGGUCUCCAUAAGAAACGUCAGCAGGGAGAGAACAGGACAACACUGGUGUUCUUCCUCGGUGGUGUAACGUAUGCAGAAAUCGCCGCACUCCGCUUCCUGUCUCAGAUGGAAGACGGUGGGACGGAGUACAUCAUCGCCACCACCAAACUCAUCAACGGCACCAGCUGGAUAAAAUCUCUAAUGGACCGUCCGGAAGCGCAUACACCCUGAAAAUGUCCCAUGAGCAUUUUAGAGCAUGUGUUAAUUUCUCUCGAAUACACAAGUACAAACGCAACGCCUUUGAGUCAUUAAGUGUUCUCUCUUUAUUAACCACCUUUUCUGGAAAUGCACCAACUGCAAUUCCCAGUGCACCCUUAUUGAAAGCCUGUUAGUUACCAUCGCAUUGUAAGAACUUGUAUCGAAAUUGUAAGAAUUGUAAGAACUGAUCCCUUGAUUUAAAAAUGUCCCCAGAUGUGGAGCUUAUUUCUCUGACAUGAGUCUGUUUUUCUUCAUAUUCCUUCUAUAUGAACUCUUCUAAGGAGGAAAUGAGGAGUGUAUAUUAGGGGGGUGCUCGGUAGGGUGGGUCGCAUCACCGCCUUCAAAACAAAGAAUUCCUGGAUCGUUCCUGAUCUCGGGAGUUUCUCAUGUACUCCCAGUGUCCAUGUGGGUUCCCUUUGGGCUCUCUGAUUUCCUCCUGAAAACAGGAGGUGGAUUGACUACACUAAAUUGUCCCUAGGUGUGUCUGAGAGUGUGUGUGUCUGAGUGCACAGUUUCCUGUGACAGACUCGCACCCACUCCGAGGUGUAUAUUCCUGCUUUGCACCCUGUGUUCCUGGAAUCGGCUCCAGGUUCAUCACGACUGAUUGAGAACAGAAUAGAAGGAGCAUUGAGCAGAUCUGUAGGCAUGCUCCUUACUGACUCCUUAAUGACAUGUAUUUGUGCUUGAUUAUACAUGUAUACUUUAAGAUGUCGGUUCUGUACAGCAUUUAGGCACUUAUGAUUUGCUCAGUGACCUAAUAAAUUUAAAAAAAAUGAAAACUGUAUUUUAUUGACACUAAUGUGCUCUGACUGUGGGUCUAGUAAAACAACAGUGUAGUCAGUAUGAAGCCCUUUAGUUAGAUUAUAAGAGCAGGAGCUCGUCUGCAGUCAGAAAAAAAAUAAGCUUGUUAUAAGUCGAUGGGCCUGAAAAGUAGCUUGCGAGCACAAAGGAGCGGCAAUUAGUCGUGUAACAGGCCGAUAAUGGGCCUGUGUCUGGAGAUGUGGGCCCGGAAUGGAACAUGACUCGACCAUGGAGGAUGCUGAUUAAAUUAAAGGGCCAUUUGUUCUCUGUCUUUCCGGAUAAGCCUCUUACUGUGCGCGAGCUGGGAUGCGCUGAUCAAUGAUUGGACCAUGCUGUGCUCGAGCGCCUCAGCGCGGGAAAGACAAGGAAAUAAUCUAUAUAACUGGCCUGCAUCCCAUUGGCUCCACAUUCCCUACAUAAGCGCACUACAUAGGACGUGAACACAAUGGCUCUUGCACCCUAUUCAGGGCAUUACGUGUCCAAUACAGGUUUGGCCGAGGUGAAACAUGUUUAUUGAUCUCCACUGAUUUAAAAAAGAAAAAAGAAAU